AGUGCGGAAAGAGAUUCACGCAGAAAUCCAACCUGAACACUCAUAUGAAGAUUCAACUGGAGAAAAACCCUUCGCAUGUCAUCACUGUGGAAAGACCUUCACAUGUAAAGGAAACCUUAAUACGCAUGUGCGAAUUCACACCAGAGAGAAGCGGUUCACAUGCCCUCAAUGUGGACUGAGUUUCACCAAGGAAAAAGUCCUUAAGAAUCACAUACGAAUUCACACUGGAGAGAAACCCUUCACGUGUCUUCAGUGCGGAAAGAGCUUCACUCGGUCAGGAUCCCUGAAAACACACGAGCGACUGCACAUCGCAGCGAAGCCGUAUCACUGCGCUUCAUAUUUGAUGAAGGUGAAAGAAGAAAACGAAAAACUGAAUGACUUUGACGAGAAGCACCAUGACUAUCAGAAUUCCUCUGAUUUCAGUUCUGAAGAAAAACCUUUUAGUUGCUCACAGAGCGAUGAGCAUUUGAACCAAGAGCCUUCAUUCACCUGCCCUGAAUGUGGAAGGAGUUUCACACAAAAACAACAUCUGACCAGACACAUGAGAGCUCCCACUGCAGAGAAGCCGUUCACAUGUGUGGAGUGUGGAAAGAGUUUCACACACAACGAAAGGCUAAAUACGCACAUGAGAAUCCACACCGGAGAGAAGCCGUUCACAUGUCCUCAGUGCGGAAAGAGAUUCAUGCAGAAAUCAAACCUGAACACUCAUAUGAAGAUUCACACUGGAGAAAAACCCUUCGCAUGUCAUCACUGUGGAAAGACCUUCACAUGUAAAGGAAACCUUAAUAUGCAUGUGCGAAUUCACACCAGAGAGAAGCGGUUCACAUGCCCUCAAUGUGGACUGAGUUUCACUGAGAAAAAAGUCCUUAAGGAUCACAUACGAAUUCACACUGGAGACAAACCCUUCACAUGUCUUCAGUGCGGAAAGAGAUUCACGCGGAAAGACAACCUGAUGAUUCACAUGAAGAUACACACUCAAGAAAAACCCUACAAGUGCUCAGACUGUGGAAAGAGCUUCACUCGGUCAGGAUCCCUGAAAACACACGAGCGACUGCACAUCGCAGCGAAGCCGUAUCACUGCGCUUCAUAUUUGAUGGUGAAAGCAAACGAAAAACUGAAUGACUUUGACGAGAAGCACCAUGACUAUCAGAAUUCCUCUGAUUUCAGUUCUGAAGAAAAACCUUUUAGUUACUCACAGAGCGAUGAGCAUUUGAACCAAGAGCCUUCAUUCACCUGCCCUGAAUGUGGAAGGAGUUUCACACAAAAACAACAUCUGACCAGACACAUGAGAGCUCACACUGCAGAGAAGCCGUUCACAUGUGUGGAGUGUGGAAAGAGUUUCACACACAACGAAAGGCUAAAUACGCACAUGAGAAUCCACACCGGAGAGAAGCCGUUCACAUGUCCUCAGUGCGGAAAGAGAUUCACGCAGAAAUCCAACCUGAACACUCAUUUGAAGAUUCACACUGGAGAAAAACCCUUCGCAUGUCAUCACUGUGGAAAGAGCUUCACAUGUAAAGGAAACCUUAAUACGCAUGUGCGAAUUCACACCAGAGAGAAGCGGUUCACUUGCCCUCAAUGUGGACUGAGUUUCACCAAGAAAAAAGUCCUUAAGAAUCACAUACGAAUUCACACUGGAGAGAAACCCUUCACGUGUCUUCAGUGCGGAAAGAGCUUCACUCGGUCAGGAUCCCUGAAAACACACGAGCGACUGCACAUCACAGCGAAGCCGUAUAACUGCGCUUCAUGUAGGAGGAGAUUCAGUUCAUCAAGAAGUCUACAGAUUCAUUGAAAAACAUGCUGCUCGCUGGCCAAAGAAAUGGACACCAGGUAAAUGGUACAAAAGCCAAAAGUGGAGUUCUUCCCAAAGGACAU